AUGAUUCUGACGGAGUUGCUGAGGCUAGAAGAAUCCAAAUCACCAGGUCCCGAUGAGAUUCCGGCGAAGAUUUUGAAGGAACUCGCCGGUGAGUUUUCUAGGCCACUCUCAAUGCUUUUCCAUACAUCCUUCGAGACCGGAUAUCUGCCACCCGACUGGAAGUCGGCGUGGAUUACGCCGCUGUACAAGGGCGGAAGUCGGGUCUCUGCGAACAAUUACAGACCGGUCAGCCUCACCUCCAUUUGCUGUAAGAUUAUGAAGAAGAUAAUAAAGCAGCAACUAAUGCAAUUCCUUGAACAAAACCAUUUGCAUUCCGAUUCUCAGCAUGGAUUCCGAAAAGGCAGAUCCUGUGUGACAAACCUGCUCUACUGUCUGGAACACUGGACUAGGGCUGUUGAUAGAGGAGAUAUGGUGCAUGCCAUCUAUAUCGACUUUAAAAAGGCCUUCGAUAGUGUGCCUCACCACCGCUUUCUAUACAAACUUAGCCGUGCAGGAGUGCGAGGUAAGCUUCUGAUGUGGAUUCGGAGCUUUUUAAUCGGCCGCUCUCAAGCCGUCCACGUCGGUGACCAACAAUCUGCCGAGGUUGGCGUUAAGAGUGGUGUUCCCCAAGGCUCUGUACUUGGCCCUACACUGUUCCUCGUAUACGUCAAUGACUGCACAAACGAACUGAUUUGCGAUGUCGCAAUGUUUGCCGAUGACAUAAAGAUCUGGAUUACCAUACGAAGCGAAGUUGACGAGGCGCGACUGCAGACAGACCGCGACCACCUCGAGCAAUGGUCGAAAGACUGGCUUCUACCGUUCAACGUAAACAAGUGUACUUUCCUACGCGUCGGCAGAACCAGUUCUCCUAACCACACGGUCUACCGUCUGACUGGCAAACCACUGCAAGAAGUCGACGCCCAGAAGGACUUGAGUGUAUGGAUCACAACCUCGCUUAAGCCUUCGCAGCAAUGUUCAAAGGUGGCCAAGUCGGCGAUGUCCAUGCUAUACCUUGUCAAACGGGCGUUCUCCUCCUUUGAUGAAGACUGCUUCGCCAAGGUCUUUCAAACUUUUGUGCGACCGCAUCUGGAGUUUGCUAUCCAAGCAUUGCGACCCUGGACCGCUAAAGACUUGGACAUACUCGAAAAAGUUCAACGGCGAGCAACGAAACUUGUAUCAGGGCAGUGA